CUAGAGCUUCACGCUUGUUGAAACCAGUCAUUGAUUAGUGAUGACAAGGACCUUUUUGGACACUAAUAACGCUUCUACCCUGUUAAGCAUCCUUCGGAAGCAGGAUACCAUACAGUGUCAAGCCCGCGAGAUAUCCUCGCGGGACUUCAAGCAUUAAGCUUUACGAAUGAGCACCUGGUCACCAUUAGGCUCGAACAGUCGAAACCAGCAAAAUGUGACGGCCCAUGAUGAUAAUCGAAAACCACCAGGAGCUAGCCCAACCACAAAGGACAGAGCAACUCAUGGGCAGAGCGACGAAGCACUCGACACGACUUCAGAUCUGGAGGAUGGCACGCGAGCAAAAAGGCCGUGUUCCAUGGACUCGGCACAACGCCGGUCUUCGAGUUUCGUUGAUGAGGGAGAUACGCUAGCCCGCCGAAAUUCACAUGAAAUCUUGGUUGAGAAUAAGCAAGAGGCGCCAGUAACAUGGUCAUCUCUUCCCAAAAAGGGGCAACUGAUGGUCCUGACCAUUGCUCGGCUCUCCGAACCGCUCACAAAUGUUUCGUUGGCGGCAUAUAUGUACUAUCAGCUACGAUUCUUUGACCCAGAUGCUUCAGACAAGGUCAUCUCUGGUCAGGGCGGUAUGCUCACAGCAUCAUUCGCGGCCGCUCAGUUCCUCACUGCAAUCUGGUGGGGCCGCGCGGCAGAUACAUCGUGGAUUGGACGAAAGCGAGUGUUGUUGAUCGGUCUAUGUGGUACCGCCGUAAGCUGUAUCGGCAUUGGGUUUUCGACAUCUUUCGCACAGGCUCUGUUCUUCCGUGCCUGCGCUGGCUGCCUAAAUGGCAAUGUCGGGGUGAUGAGGACUAUGAUCAGUGAGAUUAUUAAGGAGAAGAAGUAUCAAUCUCGUGCCUUUCUGCUACUGCCUAUGUGCUUUAACAUUGGGGUGGUCAUUGGGCCUAUAUUGGGAGGUUUCCUGGCGGAUCCAAUAAACUCGUUUCCUACUGUGUUUGGUCCUGGAUCGAGCAUCGGAGGAAAGGAAGGCGUGAGGUGGAUGACAGCGUUUCCAUACGCUCUCCCCAGUGUCGUCAACGCUAUUUUCAUCUCCACAUCGGCCAUCUUCGUCGUGUUUGGUCUUGAUGAGACGCAUGCAGCAAUGCAACAUAAGCCAGAUAUGGGUCGCAGACUGGGCAAGUGGAUAUGGCAGCGACUUUUCAAUCGAAAGAAGAACGCAUCGUACGACUAUAUCCCAAUCGUUGACCAAACCGAGCUACGAGACUCAUCGAGUUUUGCCGUAUUGGAUGAAACCUCGCACGCACAGGACGAGACGUCAACGACGCCAAACUCAAAUCAGGAAAUCCGAGAGCCCAAGUUUUCUGUCCCUUUGAGAGAAAUAUUCACGCGGAAUGUGGUCUUGACGCUCGUUCAGCACCAUCUUCUCGCCAUGCAUGUUAGUGCCUUUAACGCUCUCAUCUUUCUCUUCCUCCCAGCUGCGCGCUCCGACAAUAAGGAUGCGCAUCUCCCUUUUCUCUUCACUGGCGGCCUCGGGCUUUCUAGCGAAAAGGUCGGACUCGCGACAGCCAUCAUUGGAGUUAUCGGUUUCCCUCUUCAGAUCCUGAUAUAUCCACGAAUGAAUGCCAGGCUGGGAACAUUGCCCAGCUAUCGAAUCUUUCUCCCGUUCUCCAUGCUGGCAUACCUCUUAAUACCCUUUCUGGCGCUUCUCCCGAAUCGAGGAUAUGUGACCUGGCCAGCCUUGACCGUCGUCUUGGCACUUCAGGUUGUCUCCAGAACGUUUGCGCUGCCAGGGACGACAUUGCUCGUCAAUAACUGCACUCCUCAUCCCAACGUCCUAGGAACCAUUCAUGGAUUUGCUCAGAGCGUCUCUUCCGGGGCGAGGACGAUUGGUCCAACUGUAGGGGGUUGGGUACUCGGUUUAGGGCUUUUGGGUAAUUGUGUGGGUGCGGUUUGGUGGGCUUUGGCAGUCGUUGCUGUGAUGAAUUGGUGCUUGUUAUGGGUCAUUCACGAGGGAGAUGCUGGACAUAGCGCUGUGGCUCGUCCAUGAUAAGGCAGUUUUUCUGGAUACGGUGGACAAGUUGGCAGCAGAAGCCAAUGGGCGAUGGGAGCCGAAUUCUCUAGAAGUAAUAUCAUAGAGCAACAGACAUUCU